CUACUCCAAGAUUGAAAAAUCGCGCAUAACUGAUAAGAUUCGCGUCCCAAAGCGUGGGAAUGGUAAUCAUGGUUGCGAUUGGGAGAAGAGUGCAAGUCCAGCAAAAUCCGGAAUUCAACACGCAUCUGAGGAUGAAGCGAUGCGUAAAGUACACGAUAUAACCCCACAAGAGAAGGAUAAACAACAUACCCAGGAACUUAGGGUCAUGGCAUGGGAGCCAAAUCAAGAGCCUGCCUUUUUGGUUCAAGCCAAUUAUUCCUGCAACUCGCAAGGGGAAGAACAAAAAGAAAACGCAUCGGAAGAGACUCAAUCGAUCGAUGGAGAAGCUUCACAGAACGAAGAAAAGCAGCCUUCGGAGGACAAACAUGAAACGUUACAAGAAGCAUCACUAAAUGAGCUGCUGCUAUCUGUUGUGUUUGGUUUUCGUGUCAGAGUCCGAUUGAUGUCUUCGCGACAAGAAAAAUGUGUUCUCAAAGGAAAAUGUGUUCUCAAAGGAAAAUGUGUUCUCAAAGGAAAAUGUGUUCUCAAAGGAAAAUGUGUUCUCAAAGGAAAAUGUGUUCUCAAAGGAAAAUGUGUUCUCAAAGGAAAAUGUGUUCUCAAAGGAAAAUGUGUUCUCAAAGGAAAAUGUGUUCUCAAAGGAAAAUGUGUUCUCAAAGGAAAAUGUGUUCUCAAAGGAAAAUGUGUUCUCAAAGGAAAAUGUGUUCUCAAAGGAAAAUGUGUUCUCAAAGGAAAAUGUGUUCUCAAAGGAAAAUGUGUUCUCAAAGGAAAAUGUGUUCUCAAAGGAAAAUGUGUUCUCAAAGGAAAAUGUGUUCUCAAAGGAAAAUGUGUUCUCAAAGGAAAAUGUGUUCUCAAAGGAAAAUGUGUUCUCAAAGGAAAAUGUGUUCUCAAAGGAAAAUGUGUUCUCAAAGGAAAAUGUGUUCUCAAAGGAAAAUGUGUUCUCAAAGGAAAAUGUGUUCUCAAAGGAAAAUGUGUUCUCAAAGGAAAAUGUGUUCUCAAAGGAAAAUGUGUUCUCAAAGGAAAAUGUGUUCUCAAAGGAAAAUGUGUUCUCAAAGGAAAAUGUGUUCUCAAAGGAAAAUGUGUUCUCAAAGGAAAAUGUGUUCUCAAAGGAAAAUGUGUUCUCAAAGGAAAAUGUGUUCUCAAAGGAAAAUGUGUUCUCAAAGGAAAAUGUGUUCUCAAAGGAAAAUGUGUUCUCAAAGGAAAAUGUGUUCUCAAAGGAAAAUGUGUUCUCAAAGGAAAAUGUGUUCUCAAAGGAAAAUGUGUUCUCAAAGGAAAAUGUGUUCUCAAAGGAAAAUGUGUUCUCAAAGGAAAAUGUGUUCUCAAAGGAAAAUGUGUUCUCAAAGGAAAAUGUGUUCUCAAAGGAAAAUGUGUUCUCAAAGGAAAAUGUGUUCUCAAAGGAAAAUGUGUUCUCAAAGGAAAAUGUGUUCUCAAAGGAAAAUGUGUUCUCAAAGGAAAAUGUGUUCUCAAAGGAAAAUGUGUUCUCAAAGGAAAAUGUGUUCUCAAAGGAAAAUGUGUUCUCAAAGGAAAAUGUGUUCUCAAAGGAAAAUGUGUUCUCAAAGGAAAAUGUGUUCUCAAAGGAAAAUGUGUUCUCAAAGGAAAAUGUGUUCUCAAAGGAAAAUGUGUUCUCAAAGGAAAAUGUGUUCUCAAAGGAAAAUGUGUUCUCAAAGGAAAAUGUGUUCUCAAAGGAAAAUGUGUUCUCAAAGGAAAAUGUGUUCUCAAAGGAAAAUGUAUCUGGAUUGAUCACAAAACGCUCAUUUCCACAGUGAACGUCUUUAAUGGAUCGACCGAGCAGACCGUUAUAUCAUCACGCAAGCGUCUGCUACUGUUUGAGUCCAGCGUGUGCACUCCUUUCAGACACGAUCUUCUAGUAGCGUGA